UUGAAAGUAAUACACCCGGAAGUAGUUUACGGCUGGGACCAAAACAGUGCUUUGCUGUGAUACUUUUGGGCAAAUCUUGAUUUAACAAGCACGCUUUUAUUUUUUGGAUUGCGUAUAAUAGCUAUCAGGUAAAGUUGCGUUUUGGUGCGGGCCCCGACUGGAUGUUGAGCGUCCGCGCUCUGGUGGGGAUCGGGCUCCUGGUGACGUCAAGAGCCGCCGCCACCGCCCAGAGAGCCGCAUGUCCUGCUGCUGCUGCACCCAACAAGGAACACAGGCACUGUUUCAGCAGCGGACGAGCGUCCAGUAUGGCGCAAUCUAUCAAGUACCUGGGGCAGGAGGAAGCGCAGAACAUCGACCAGCAGCUGUUCACUGAGUACGGUUUCAGCGUGGACCAGCUGAUGGAGCUGGCUGGUCUGAGCUGUGCCACGGCCAUCGCCAGGGCCUACCCCCUCGGCUCCCUGCUCCAGCCCAGACCCUCCCUGCUGGUGAUCUGCGGUCCGGGGAACAACGGCGGCGACGGCCUGGUCUGCGCCCGUCACCUCAAGCUCUUUGGCUACGAGCCCACCAUCCUGUACCCCAAGAGGCCCAACAAGCCCCUCUUCCAGGGCCUCACCACCCAGUGCGAGAAGAUGGACAUCCCCUUCCUGUCUGAGAUGCCCGAGGCCAAGCUCGUCGACCAGGCCUACAACCUGGUGGUCGACGCCAUCUUCGGCUUCAGCUUCUCGGGGGCGGUCCGGGAGCCCUUCGGAGCCAUCCUGGAGGUCCUGAAAGACUCCACCGUGCCCGUGGCCAGCAUCGACGUCCCCUCAGGCUGGGACGUGGAGCAGGGCGCGCCAGACGGCCUGCAGCCCGACAUGCUCAUCUCCCUGACCGCGCCAAAGAAGUCGGCCGCCCACUUCAGGGGUCGAUACCACUACCUCGGGGGGCGUUUCGUCCCCCCGGCCCUGGAGAAGAAGCACCAGCUCCACCUGCCCCCGUACCCCGGCACAGAGUGCGUGCUGCAGCUGUAAGACCAGGACCGGGGAUAUGAGAAUAUAGUUUACAUGAUGAGUCAUUGGGGCUACUUUAUUAUGAUGGGGGAUCAUGGAGGGAACUCAGUCACGCUCCAAUAAACUGGUUUCAUGGUGCGAUAAGAUGUGUUUUUUUUUUUAAAUCCCUGACAAGGAAUAUUAUUAGUCUGUUGCGGAAGCGCAGACGAUAUAUGUGAGGAUUUAGGGGUAAUAAAAUAAAGAAAGUUUUUUUUUGCUGAA